AUGUCUGUGGUCGAUCCCCAUCACCAACGAAGUCAAGCUGCAAGUCUACCUAUCCGGAAUUCGCCCCAUCAUGAUGUACGGAUCGGAGACUUGGGCAGCACCAUCAACGGUGUAUGCCACAAUGAAGAUCUUUACGCAGAAAUCGAUGUGGCAUACCGGCGGAUGACACGUGGAAGAUAUCAACAUCUUGCACCGCCUUCGAAAGCGGCUAAAAGUUCGUCGGGUUCGAGCUGGAAGAAGCCACCUGGUCGAAAACGGAAGUUCUGGACUGAGGUGGUAAAAGAGGACCUGAGGACACUCGGCGUGGAUAGGCAGUUGAGGCGAGACGUAAGGUUUCGCAGAACAUGGAAUAGCGACGAAUGGAUUGAUUCUGUGCAAGCUCUCGCAGAAGAUCGAGAAGGUUGGGCAGAGCUGUGUUCAAGGACGGCACACCUCGGCGAAGAUGCGGGUAAUCGCGUCAGGCGAUGA